CUCUCAGACGGUUUGGUCCCCAUUUCUGCACCUCUUUGUCCCUCUCUGUCGGUACCGAGCACGGGCUGGGGGUACUGGCUGCCCCUCCUCCCCCUCCUAAGUGCUGGGACUUGCCGUGGUCCUCGCUCAACGCGGACAUUUAACUGAAUGUGUGUUUUUGCAUCAAUUAUCAGUUACUGCUGGAGUCUGUCAGCGUGACGUCAUACACCCGCGCUGUGGCGUCGCGUGAAGGUUUGCUAAUUCCUGAUCAGCUGUUUGUGUCAGUACAGGGCUGCUUGCUCCACCAUCCAUUUUUCCCUGUCACCCGUGACCUCGCAUCCACAGUGAGUCAGGAUCUGCCUGAGCCUGAACAUGAACUAAAGUCUCAACUAAACCAGGACCAGGACUAGCUAGGACUAAAAAGGCUGCUACCCACAGGAAGCGAGGAGGAGGAGUCUGUCUGUUUACGCCUGUUGGACUCAGUGGAUCUGGUUUCAGUAGACCUUACCUGGAUCGGGAAUUCUAAGCCUGCCGACUGCUUUGGUCUUCCGGCGAUGUACUCUUUAAAUGGAAAAUUUGGGGCUCUGGUCACCAUGAUGGCUCUGCUGCUGGCAUUGCUGUACUGCUACAUCUCUUUGUCUUUCAGGGUUGUUGUGACCUUCGAGCAGGAACAGGCAAUAGCUAACGGCAGAUCUGCUGGAACAGUCCGAAAGAAUCAUGUCUUCCACCUGGUGGCUCCUGACCAUCUAAUGUACAAACAGCCGAGCAUCGUCGAGGGGCGUACUGACGUGGUGACGGUGACGCCGUGGUUGGCUCCGGUUGUCUGGGAGGGAACUUUUAACCCGGAACUUCUCGACAGCAUCUAUCGCCAGCAGAACAUCAGCAUCGCGGCCACUGUGUUUGCAGUGGGAAAGUACAUCAUGUUCCUGAAGGACUUCCUGGAGACAGCAGAGCAACACUUCUUUGUUGGUUUCAGAGUGCAGAUUUUUGUGUUCACUGACCGGCCCAAUGAGGUGCCCAAAGUCAAGAUGGCCGCCGACAGAGGGGUAACUGUGCAUGCUGUGCCAAGCUCCAACCGCUGGCAGGUGAUCUCAGCUCGCAGGAUGGAGCUCGUCCAGGAGCUUAUCGAGCAGAAGCUUCAGGGAAAAACUGAUUACAUCUUCUGUCUCGACGUCGACUCCAAGUUCCACAACCGUUGGGGGACUGAGUCGCUGGGCGGGCUGGUGGCUGUGAUACACCCAGGUUACUACUGGGAUCCCCGCAGUAACUUUCCCUAUGAGCGGAGAGCUCAGUCCAGGGCCUAUGUUGCAGUAGGGGAGGGGGACUUCUACUACUGUGGGGGGGCAUUUGGAGGCAACAUAGAAGAAGUCCGCCUACUCGCCAAAACCUGCCGUUCAAACUUUGAGGCUGAUUCUGCGGAUGGCCUUGAGGCUGCUUGGCAGGAAGAGAGUCACCUGAACAGAUACAUGUGGAUCAACAAGCCCAGCAAGAUUCUGUCACCCGAGUACCUGUGGCAGGACUUCAAAUCCAGGAACCGCGAGAUCCAAAUCAUCAGGUUCUCAGGAAUAGUCAAGAACUAUGCAGACAUCCGACCCAAUGUCUGAGAGUCCUCGCUGAACCAUACCGGACCUGACGAGACUGGACUGGAUCUCCUUGGUCAAAGUUGGACUGAAAAAGUUGAAACCAAAGGAAGUGAAGUCAUGGUUAGAAAGGAUUACAUGUUUACCCACAAUCCACCUUUGCACUGAUUUCAGACUCUGUCGCAAGAGUCAAAGCAGCCUUAACUAUUAACACUACAGUAGUCCUCUUCCUUUUCCAACUUCCAUAACAUGAAGCUUCUAUUCAGAGGCUACCUCUAACUAUUGUUAUAUAACCUCAACUGAGCAUGUGCAAGUCUUCUUUCUGGCUGGUUACUCUUCACAUUUCAGCUGUUUGCAUAAACCAAACUAAAGCCUAUAUUCUCUUCAGACUGCACUAAGUUUAUAACUCAGGUGUCUUACAGUCCUUUCACUGUGCCUGAAUGCCUCCUGUGUGGUGCUCAUGCAUGCCUGAGACUGCUGCAUUUUAGGCAACAUACCAAACACUAACAUCCAUUAUGAACCAUUGACCUUAUUGAAAGAUGGACAAACGGUCUCCUACUGUUCUACCAAAGUGGACUGGUGACAUAUUACACAUUCGGAGCCAGAGUCUGUGCUGCAAGGAUCAGAGAUAAGACGUCAAAGCUCCCUCAGGACGGUACAGUUCACAGCAGAACAGAUUUAAUGUCUGUUGGGGGAGUUUGACUCUUGUGUUUGUGUGAAUUACAUUUUAUCCCACUGUUUACUCUCUACUCAGCUGAUCUGGUGCACACAGGUGCUGCUGGAGCCUCAUUUGUCAACAGAGCUGUCAAUCAUGGAGUUAACCCCCCCUUCUUUUUACAGCUUAAGAUAAAUAAUUAAAACUAAAAUCCUCUGCAAAAUGAACACCUUGACCAAAAUCAGCAUGAUAAGAACUGAUGUUAAAUUUUAAAGUUUGACUCAUGUCCCAUCUGUUAACAUGGAGGAGGCGGGCUUUACAAACUAUACUACAGCCAAUCAGUAUGGGGUGCUCCAAAUGUUUUGGCUGUACGUCUGGGGAGCUGUCAUGUUGUCCAUCUUUUUUUUUUUUUACGGUUUAUGUUAUGAACAUAGAGUACUGCCCAUUAUGCUAGCAACCAAUAUCUCUCGCGUCAUAUAGCAAAGACACUAAAAAAAACUCAACUUUUGCUACAUCAAAAGCCGAAAUUAGGGGCCACAUUGUAUUCAAAACAUCCAUCGUCUGUGUUACACCAUGAAGUAUUAAUGUUACAGAAAUGUUUGAUAAAGUUGCCACAAAGUGACUUGGAGGCUGAAACAAGAGAGCUAGCUUUUGAGAUAGCCGCAGCUUUCAUCAAAAAAAAAAGCGGAAUUGAGAUUUAACUGCAGAUUUUUCUGUUGUCGGUUAUUUAUUACAGAAACACAACACCAAGAAGUGACUUAAAACAUUGAGCUAAUUCUAUUUGUUCCCUAUAAAUCAAAUUCUGUCAUGAUGGUCCAGCUAUAGACCACAGAAGCCACACGACUUAAUGUGGUUAAGGUGCCUUACUUUAACAUUUGAUACAAUCUAUGGACUUUUCUAAAUAUUAUAUUGAUUGUUGUAGCAAUUAAUUUGAAUGUAGCCCAAAAGACAAGUGUACAGAUGCUAAAAGAUGAGCUAACCUGUGCAAUAUGUUCAAUGUCCGUAUUUAAUGAAAGACACUAAAUCAUGUGACUGCCCUUUGUGUUGUAGGGUUGAGUUGAUAUUUAUUAGCCAAGGAACUACUGAAACGAUUAUAAGUGUCAAAGUGUUGCUGCUUAUCAUGAACAGACUGUUUGUUUUUGUUCAUGACUUGUAACUUACCUGAAUUUUCUCCAUCACUGUGAGGUUUCUAAACAAACCCAGGUGUACCCCUGAAUCAGGGAUCUUCAGGUGCUGCGAGGUGGGAUCCGUUACCAAAGCCAGGUUAGCUGUCUCCUUGUUUCCUGACUUCUGCUUAGCUUGCAUUUCAAAAACAGGUGGCAUUUAAUCCUUUGAUAUUUCAAUAUUUAAUCAGGUUUCCUGUCAGGUGAGACCUCAGGUGGACUCUGAAGGACUGUUUGUGUGUGUAAGUGUGUGUGAUUUUGCUUUAAUGUGCUUGUUGUGUCUCACUAUAUUGAAAAGGUUACACAUAUUCACUCAGUGCUGUUUGAACCUUCAACUGCCUUUAAGGUGUGUACAAUCUACAGACAGAAUAAAAAAAUGUACAGUGA